CCAGUUACAUGCCCUGCCUGUCCUUUUGCUUCCAUUUUUCAAAACCAAAAUCCACACUGUUUCCUCUUUCUCUCUCUCUCUCUCUCUCUCUCCAUCGUCCCCUCCUCCAUUGAUCUCGAUCUCCGAGAAACACAGCCUAAUGCUUCAUCAUCCUCCGUUCUGCGCAUCCGUUUGAAGCCAAAUGAUACUGUUUUUUGACCAGAUGGUUGCCCAAAUCACUCAAAAACUCGGUUUUUAGCUGCCCUGCCCCGAGGAUUCCAGUUGCUGAUUUUGCUGAAUUGUAUGGCUACAUUCAUGGAUGGUGAAACAUCAUGGGAAUCCCAUUCCUACACAUCAUGGGAGUCUCAUGCUGCCAGCCAACAGGCCUGUGAGGCUGCAGACUAUCAAACAGGUCUUGAAAUCCAUGGCAGAAAUGAUGGAGGGUUAAGGAUUUCAUUGGAAGCGAUUCUCCCAGAUGAUAUUUUGGAGAAGAUCUUCUCCUUCAUGCCCAUUGCCUGUGUGGUUAGACUGGCUUCUGUUUGCUCAAGGUGGUAUCGUGUUGUACAUUCAAGGUCUUCUUGGACCACAGCGCUGCCGCAGAAACCUUGGUAUUUCAUGUUCACUACAAGUGAUUGUGUUGGUGGACAUGCCUAUGAUCCAAGCGUUCGCAAAUGGUACAACAUCACACUUCCCUGUGAUGUUAAGAGCAAUUGGAUCAGCUCCUCCUCAUGUGGAUUAGUAUGUUUUAUGGAGAAUGAUAAGAGCAAUGAGAUCCAUGUCUUUAACCCUCUAGUGAAGGGUUGGAAGAGUCUUCACGGACCUCCUGGUGGGGAUAAUCCUGACUACAGUGCGUUGGCGAUGUCUGCUAAUCGAAAGUCCAGUGUUUAUACUGUAACUGUGGCAAAAUCCAAGCAGGUCCCUGGUGAUUUCCUCCAGUGGGAAUUCUCUAUCCACAUCUAUGAAUCAGAGAGUUGUUGUUGGAUUACUCCGGUAAGGGAGGUUUUCAUGGGAUGGAGGGGAGGUGAUGAGAGUGUUGUCUGCAAUGGUGUCCUGUACUGCCUGAUUUAUGCCACCGGAAUAGUUGGAACUGCUGACUUUCGCCAUGGCCUGAUAAUGUAUGAUCUCUCUGUGAGGUCUCAUGGCUCAUCCCUUAAGAGAAAUUCAAUACCAGUCCCAUGCUCCCUUACAUGCGGCCGGCUCAUGAACCUGAAGGACAGACUUGUGAUGGUCGGUGGCAUUGGGAAGCCAGAUAGGCCCGACAUUAUAAAAGGAAUAGGUAUCUGGGAACUUUGCAAGAAGGAAUGGCGAGAAAUUGCCCGGAUGCCUCACCGGUUCUUCCAGGGCUUUGGGGAAUUUGAUGAUGUAUUUGCUAGCAGCGGAAUGGAAGACCUUGUUUAUAUUCAGAGCUAUGGAUCUCCAACCCUGCUUGUGUUCGACAUGUCCCAGAAACAAUGGAGGUGGUCGGUAAGAUGUCCGGUGCCCAAAAGGUUUCCUCUUCAGCUCUUCACGGGGUUCUGCUUCGAGCCUAGAAUUGAAGCUUCAUGUUGAUCUAUUUUACUUCCACAUUAGGGAUCUGCUGAAAAAAAUGGAGAUUUUAAGGGCUCAUUUUCCAUUUUUGUGAAUCAUUUUGGAAACUCAAUGCACUCAAGAAUUUACACGAAUUAUAAUUGUUUUCUUUUUGCUGUUGACAAAAUCAUAUAUGGGAGUGGUGUUUUUAGCUUUUUGGGGAUCCAUUCAGUCUCACAAUUAAUCUCAGUAAUGUUGCUGUGGAUCAUAUAUAGGAGAUCUAUAAUGAAGUUAUGCUUCAUUGCUGGUAUAGUUUUCACAUGUGCAUGCAUAUAUUAACAGUAAGGUCAUAUGUUUUUCUAUUAAUUAGUUUGUUAUUUCCCCAUGGUUUAAUUUCUGCUUUUCUGUUGUUUUAUACUGUACUUUUGCAAGUGAAUUUCUCGCUGGGUUUUUACAUAUGAUUAUCUUAGAAUGCAGUUUUAACUUGUUCUCCAAUUUCGACAGGUUGUAGCAUUGGAUCCCUCUGCUUUUCAUCAUUCAAUUGUCCUUCUGUGAAUAAAUGCAGAAUAUGCAGUAGAUUCAUAACUGUUUCUGUUUAGAUGCUUGCAGGAGCUAACAGAGGUACCAUCCAGUUAUCUUCAACAACUGGAGAACUCAUAGAUAGAACUCUGUGGAAGAACUUGGCUGAUCUUUUCAAGCAACUGGACCUGAGGUCUAAUCCUUCUUAGAAUCAUACAAAAGUAUGUCUAACAUAUAUACAUAUACAUAUAUAUAUAUAUUUUAUGAUCUAUCUACUUUUGUAUGCUUUUGAUCAUGAACAGAAGAGAAAAGGAGGAUCAAUGAGAAAGCCUUGUCAUAAACAUCAAUAACAAGGUUUGGUAUUGAGGGUGAUGGUGACAACUGCACUAAUCUUUGUACAAUCUUGGGUGGCUGUAGCCUGUAGGUGGGGUAUUACACAGGUCCAGCACAUUGUGAUGAGAAAAUACCAAACUUGUGCUUCAGAUCAUGCAUUGCCUCUGCCAACUCUGUUUUCUGACCAACAGUAUCUGAGCUGUUGCCAUUCUUUACUGUCAUUUAGGUUGUGUUUGGUUGAUAGAUUUGUACACUUCCUCCUGUUUCCUACCAAUUUCAAGUGUUUAUUUUCAUUAAUAUGAUGCAGAUUUAAAUUCUUACUUAAUUUUUGUAUGCAUAGGUUUUAUCUCAAGCUGGAAGUUGAGAUACAACUCCAAUCAAGAUGGCAAAAAUUUUGAGGUACAAAGGAACUAAACUUUGAUCUUUGUUUGCAAAAAUUUACAAGAUGUGAAUAUCAUUCGAUGAAAGCUUUGUCUCUUUGUCUGUUUCUGUUUGAAUGGAUGUAUAUAUAUAUAUAUAUAUAGGACAGCUUAUCUUUUAGAAAUAAAAUCACUGUAAUGUGUUGAGAUGGUGACAAGAUAGACUACCAUGAUUGAUCAUUUUCUCAGUAUUUCUUUUCUUGCUAAGAAGAUGUAUAGUUUCUUGUCUUUUGUUGUCCAGUUGGGACCUGCUUCAUGUUGAUGUACCAAAUGAAUAUUUUUUUUUUCAUUUUUUAGGGUGAGAACAUGUCUUAUCAGUCUCUUCCUUGUCAA